AUGCCAGAAGUUUCAGAAGUAAGCCAUACAGUGGCACAACUAAGACGAAAUAUAAUAGGAUAUACAAUACUGAAAAUCAAUUAUCUAGUACAUGAUUCAUUAUUGUUUCCAAUAAUAAAAACAUCAACAGACCCCGAAUCAGAAUUGGUCAAAAUAGAGCAAAAGUUGCUAGGAUCUCACAUUGAAUCAGUAGGUAGACAUGGUAAAUAUUUCUGGAUUAGAUUUGCAGGUUUUAAAAUCAUGUUGAUGCAUUUUGGAAUGACUGGAAUGAUAAAAAUCAGAAACAUAGCUUCUCAUUUAAAGUUCAUGGAAAAUGGAGGUGAUAAAAAACUCAUGAAUAAAUUGAAAACAAUAGAUGACGUGAAAAUGGAAGAAGUAUGGCCACCUAGAUUUACUAAAUUAGAAUUGGAAUUAAAACUAGGUGAUUCUAUCUUGGAAAUGGCAUUCACUGAUCCAAGAAGAUUAGGAAGGAUAAGACUAUUAGAAAAUUUAAAAACUGAUGAGGAAUUACUUAAAACUGAACCUUUGAAUGUCCUAGGUCCAGAUUAUUCCAAACUGGAAACAAAGAAGGAGGUGGAUCAGUUCGUGUUUGGUGAUCCUGAUCCUAAUCCACAUGGAAGACCAAGAUUAGGUAUAAAUGAGUUUAAUAAAUUGAUAUUAAGUAAGAAGAAAUCAAUCAAGAGUUUAUUAUUAGAUCAAUGUUUUUUCGCAGGUGUUGGAAACUGGGUAGCUGAUGAAGUAUUAUUCCAUUCAAAACUCCACCCUAGUGAAAUUAUCUCAAAUAAAAUAGAAUAUAAAGAUGGUUUAAUUGAUGAAGUUGUAAAGAAGUUGUAUGAUAGUUUAAUUUACGUGUGUGAGACUGCUGUUGAUCUCGAAGGUGAUGUUACUAAAUUUCCUAAACAUUGGUUAAUGAUACAUCGAUGGGGUAAAGGUCGUAAAAAAGAAAAAUCAAUGACUCUUGAUGGUUUGCAUUUAGAUCAUAUUACUGUUGGUGGUAGAACUGCUUGUUAUUGCCCAGAAUCACAAAAAUUAUUAUCAAAGAAACCAAAAAUGAAAGAAGAAGAAGAUACUGAAAAGCCAAAACCUAAAAGGAGGAAAGUUGAAAAAGAAAUUGAAUAG